AGUUGCAGCGCUUUUACGGGUUAGUCUACACGUUCAGUCUAGGCCCUAGGUUUAGAAAAUUCUUGUGUUUCUGCAAAGUUUUGUGAUUCAAGGUAGGUUGAAGAUUAUUACUGAUUUUCUAAUAACUUUAAUUAAUUAAUUAUAGUUAAAAAAUUUCAACUAAUUUGUAUGUAAGUAGGUGUUAUGUAUUCGAUGCGUAAUAACUCAUUAAAAUAACCAUAUAUAAAUUUUGAUAUUCUAACUUUAAGUAUGUUUAUGAAUUUUCAACUAAGCGCCUUUUUGAUUUCAGUAUGACGCUGUAAAUUAUCUUAAACUAUCGUUGCGUUUUUUUUUGUUUUUUUUUUGUUUCAUUGAAUAAUCGAGUCCCAUUUGGAAUUAACAUCGAAACUGUAUGUGAAACGACUUUUUCCACAAAAUUUUGAUUGUUUCAGCUUUUAUGAAAAUUAGAUAAUCGUUAAUUGAAAAUAUGUGUUACAGUUUGUUUAUGAAUAGUAAAACAUUAUUGUUGAGAAAGACAAUUAAGUAUUCAAAAUAAUAUAGCAACGACGCAGUUGUUAUAUUAUUUUAGCUACAUAAUUAAAUGUUCCUAAAACGCGGUACAGCGCGAGUAUAUCCCUGUCUGGGUCUUAUAAUAUCGUCUGGUUGGUCUGGUUUAAUUAGAUAGAUAUGGAUUUGUAAAGACAUUAUACAACUAAAUUGAUUAUAUUGAUUGUGGCGUACAAUAUUUAAUAUUGAUGCAUAUUUUAAUGCUUGGACACACUUUUAUUUUUCAUACUUAUGCAUUAUGUGAAUGUUCUAAGAAUACACGACUAUAGAUGCUGCCAGGCUUAUAAUAUUUAACUCUUAGAAUAAUAUGACUUAAAAAACCAGAACAUCUUUUUCUUAUCUUUCCAAUAUUUUUCUUAGCUUUUUCUUACAACAUACACACACACACACACACACACACACACACACACACACACACACACACACAACACACUCACAUCACACACACAUAACACACUAUUAAGUUUGCGUGUUUUUCAAUACUAUUAAGUUUGCGGUAAUCCACACAGAACCUAACAGUGCUAUCUUUUUUAGGUAUCAAGACGGCGGGUGAGGACCACGCGGAUUCGCAUUCUUUGAUUAUUCCUUCUUGUAACAUUUUCACCAAUUCUGCUUCACAUAGUUUCUUUCUUUGCUGGUGUCAACCGGUAAGGCGGGGCUGAUAUAUGUGGAUGAUCACCAGUAUCAAUAUAAUGUUCGGCAUAUGUUGUGCAUGCUCCCCCUAGACUAAAGGUGUCUAAAUUCUCUUUCAGCAGGUUACCUAAUCUAUUACGGGCUUCAGGGUUAAGAAAAUCUGCAGAGGCACAAGACUCAAAAUGGCUUAAAGGUUCGAACUCCAGUAAAUAAAUUUUUGGGUCGUUCGAAAAUUGUGGAGAAAGCAAAAUCUAUACAUAUACCUGCAGCUGUAAGGAAAUCUAUUCCUAACAAGGUUUCAUUAUUUUCAGCGUCUGGUAAAACAACAAAAUCGAGUGCGACUUGCUUUCUUGGUUUUAUAUUUACCUGUAAAUUCGUUAUUGGUACCUGGCGUAUUUUAAUCGAACCAUCCGCUAGUUUAACACGCAAUGAAGUACUAGUGAAGUGCUGAUAUUAUUCCAGUAGUAGAGAGUACAGCUGAAAACAGGCUAUACUUCUUUCCGCUGCGGUAUCUAGCGGUAUUAUUUUCUUUACUUGGAAGUUGGUGCUUCUCAUGUAGUCCUUUAUGCAUUUUGAUGCAUCCUUAAUAAUUCGUACUUAUUUCACUUCGAUUACAUUGCUGAUGUUCUAAUUUUAUUUAUAUUAAAUUAGAUUUUACGAAAUGUUUGUACGAACUUUAAUGACAAUAAAAAACGUGUGUAGGGUGCUCUGAGCCCGGGCUGGCGUAAGACGCUCGAGCUGCACGCUCUGCUUGGGUCGGUGAGCACGCUCGUGCCCGCGCUGCAGGCGGUGCGCUGCUGGGCGCUGCACUAUGCGCCGCACGACCGGGCCUUCCUGCACAGAACAAGACUCUGCUAGCGUCGUUCUUAUUCAGCAGCGGCUCAAAUGAAAUGGUCUACAUGCAGGAUUCCGAGAUUGAUCCCAAGAGUGUUACCUGGGUUUGCUGCGCUCUGCCUCGCAUUGCAGGCGCAGCGAUAAGGGUGCGUUGUGAACUACGCGGGCCCGAAGAUGUGGUGUGCGUCCGGCAAGUGCGUGUGCUCAGUAUGCCCGCGCCCCACCGCACCAGCGCGCUGCCCUCGCACGCGCUGCAGUCUCUCGUGGAGCAGGACACGUUGCGUGUGUUCCGCUUGCUCACUUUACAGGUGUUGGCGAACUGCUAGAGUGGGAUCACAGUGGUACUGAGUCCAAUGAAGGUGCUGUAGCAGCGGAGGAUACGAUUUCAGACGACAGCGACUUGCGUGAGCACGUCGUCGGCAUACUCUUUGCUGGACAUAAACUCACCUCGCUACAGAUACAGAAGGCUGGAAAACACUCGUCGACGACGUGGAAUUUUUAAUAGAAUAAGCGAUGUCGAAGUACUGGGCGGUUGGGUGGUUUGCAGUGCCUUGCAUUAUCACUACGUUUGCGACGAGGUAGACAGUUGCGUUGAUGAUUGAUAAUGCAAAUUGGACAGAUAGUCCGUGGGAAGAUGUUGUUCUUGUGUCCACCGCUGCUGUUGCUUUCUCAAUAUUCACCGUCUUUGCAGUCGUGUCAGUGGUGAAGCAGGUGCAAUAUCACGCAGUUGCGAAGUUGCAGUCGUCAUUUAAGCCAUCAAGACACUGGGGGCAAGGGAUCCCGUUACGCUCUAUUAUUCACUGGCGCUCCGUGAUGAGUCGGAACGCAAUUUGCGCAGAACGAGAUACAGACGUCAUUUGGACCAGUUUUCCGGAUACGCACGUUUUCUUCACGUGCCAGAUACGAGCACCAAAGAAACUCCCGUUGAGAAUAAGAGACGUACAAACUCUGAUGACUGGUUAUACACUGUAUGUAGAAAGAAAUAUUUAGGAGAAAUUUGUCCACAGUAUAUAAAUGAAAAUAAGCAACGAUCCAAAUCGUUAGAUUGGUCAUUGUUUUCUAAUUUUAAAACAAAACAUACUGCUAAUGUUUUGCGUAUUCCUAAGGUCAUUGGUGUUACCUGCGAAUUAACUUUACUGGGCAAGACACAAGUAAUAACGUUAAAAAGCAGGUACAAAAUGUUUGUGCCAGAUAAACUUGUGGGUUUUAAUCUGUUUUUAAGCCUAGUCAUAAUCUGAUAAUUAUAAAAGUUUGUAUUUUGGUUUUAAGAAAAUAUAAAAAUAUGUAUAAUU